CCUCUCGUGAGGCAUGUCUUCUCUAUCGCUUCGCCAAACACUCGGCAAAACCGUGAAUGUGGACUAGACCACAGUACGGAGACCAGUGGCAGGCUUGGAGGCUCAUUCGAAUUCAGAGAAUAAGAGUUAGUGAUGUGGGAUGAGAUGGAUGCAAACAUUGGAGGGCUGUCGUGCACCAUAGUGGAGUUGCCGAGACUGUCUGCGGGAAACUGAGGACCUCUCCCCGCGAACCACUAUCCCCCCGGGGGCAGGAUUGUUCGUCUGUAUCCGAAGAUUGUUUACCUAUAAAUCGCCUCUUUUAAGGGGUCAGACCGCCUCGGUCGAGAGGGGAUAAUCUAUCUCGGAGAGGAAUUGUCUCCCCGCGUUUGUUGUGCGGCACUUAGGCUAUCCUUCAAAUCGAUAAGAGUUCAUCGUUUUGCCUCGCUGGCGUCAUCCAAAGACAAGGUUACUGUCCAUCACCGGGCUUUUAAUCAGUGUUUUGGGGCGUCUUGGGGGAAAUAGGCUACCCACCACAGGUCCUAACGAGAAGUCCUCUCUAGGAUGAAGAUUUUACGCGUUCCCUGCCUCUCAGCUUGCGCUGCCUUUCAUCUCCCUCUGUGCUCAGAAAGUCUUUAAAGUUAUGCGCAAAAAUGAUGACGAAUGCUCAGACAGGGAGUAACACCACUUCUGUGUCGGAUUUCGCCAAUUGAAUGGAACUAGCGGUGCGUUUUUAACUGCGCUCCGUUGAGGUGGGCUGAAGGAAUACAGCGGACGGGGGUAAAUAAUGCAGUCGGGGAUGAGGGCGCUCUGUGCCGGCGGAGGAGCGUCAUUAUGCUGCCUGCUGUUACUCUGGGUUAUCUACUCUCACCUCCUCAAAGAAGGGCAGUUGGCGGUGGGCACCUGUGAGAUAGUGAUGCUGAACCGGGACAUGAGCCAGCCGCGCCGCACCAUCGCCCGCCAGACCGCCCGUUGUGCCUGCAGGAGAGGCCAGAUCGCCGGAACCACCCGCGCCAGGCCCGCCUGCGUCGACGCGAGGAUUGUGAAGAGCCGGCAGUGGUGUGAGAUGUCCCCCUGUACUGAGGGCGAGGUGUGUGGCCUCCUCUUCAACCGCUCCGGGUGGACCUGCACCAAGGGGAGCGGCCGCAUCAAGACAGUCACGCCUCUGCCUAAGGAGCCAUCUUAAAUGACCCCCUCUGGAAACUACAGGGAGGUUUACUGACGUUUAGGCCAGUCCAUCACAAUCACCCCCUCCUGAAGACAAGAACCUGAAGCUCAAUGCUUCCUUUAGCCCCAUACCACCCCGCCCGCUCCCCCUCGUCCCCCUCCCACGUCCCUCGAUCCACCACCAACCUCCAUCGCUCCAAACACCAACAAAACACAGACUCUACUCUCUGACUCUUCUUCAUUGUCCUGCACAGCAAAGCCCACACAGUGUUACUGAAGACCAGCUAUACUGUAUCUCUCUCUCUCUCUCUCCUUCUGGGCAGCGACAAUAAUAACAACAGCCACAACAACAAUGUCAACUUCUGCCGCCAACAGUGGACCUCGAGGGGAUGAGGGCAACACAGCAAGGAUCACUGUGGUGUUUGGGAAAACAACAUUGACAACCACGAGGCCACCACUGCUUCACUGCUGUUGGGGAUCUAAGAAGAAGAAAAUGAAGAAGAAACAAAACCUCACAUACAAAUGAAAUAGAAGUGACACAUCCAGAUCUGUGAAAUUGUAAACA